AUGCGUCCUUUGGCUUUACCCAUUGUUGGUCUUAUCGUUGGAGGUGUUUGGGGCCACACAGAUGAGGUGCUGAGCGAACCAUACCCAACACUGAGUAUCAAUCAGGACGGACAAAACUACCAUUCACCGGAGCCUGAUCAUCCAGAAAGCUCAAUUGUCUCAGUGGAAGAUCCAUCGACAGUUGAGUCAACUGUACUGCCUACGGCGAUUGAGUCAGAGCAUGAAGUAACUGUGGAGGCAGUCACUCCAUGCGAAACUACUGAGUCUGCAUUACCAACAGUCCCAUACGAAUCGGUACCAGAAUCUGUCUAUUACCAUCCGCCAAUUGAGUCCGAGGAUAUAACAGCAACACCAGUGGAGGCAACCACUCCAUGUGAUACUACUCAACCUUCGGUACCAACGGUCCCAUUUGAACCUGUAACAGAAUCUUACCAUUAUGGUCCACCAUCUUUCACACCUGAGACAACUUCGCCAAGUCAUCAUGUUCAGACCAUGACUACGGAAUCUGAAAUCCCCUGUACUGAAUCAAGUGCGGAUGCACCCAUUCGGUAUUCAGAACCCGAACCUGUUACCGUUCAGCCAACUAUUCAAACCUCCAAAGCGCCAGAGCCUAGUAAAAAUGAUGUACCUAAGCCCCAUCCGCCUAUUUCUAUCCCAAGCUCUAAGCCAGUCCAACAUCCCAUCCCAACUGUACCCAUCCAUACUCCAGUUGUUGAGCCUACUGUUAUCAUCCAUACGCAAACUAUCCCAUCAACUUUCAAGACGGUUACUAGUACCGCAGCUGUACCUACAGAUAUUGUGCUUAAAAUAGAUCUCAGCGAGGCUACGCUAGGUCUCUACGCAACAUUCAUUGAAAUUGACGGACGCCGAGCAAUUCGAUUGGCCCCCACUCCAAACGGUACGGCAAGUUUCACUAUCGAAGUCAACGAAGAAUUGGAAUUCCCGGUUGGUAGUUUUGUCAGCUUCGAGGCUUCUAUCACAGUCGGAGACAUCUGCCCCAACACUAAACGGAAUGCGAAGUUAUUCGAACGAGCAGAUAAAAAGGACAGGAUACAAGUGUACAAGGAUAAUAGAAAACGCCUCGACCAGGAAGCCAAAAAGACUAAUGGCAAGGUCGAAAAGUUAAAGAGCAACAGAGAGAGGGUGGAGCCGGGUCGUGCUGCGUACACAAUCUUGCAGAAUGGCGGUUCUAAUCCUGUGGGUACCACUUUCGACCAAGCUAAUAUUCGGCCCUCGUGA